UCUAUAAAUAAGGGAUAUAUUUCUAAACAACAACUCAUCACAAAAUCAAACAUCAUAAAUAUAUUAAUUAUACUCUCUCUCUCUCUCUAAUUUUUUUUUUAAAGAAAAAUGGCAAGAAUGUCAGAUAAUCCUCUUAUUAUUGGAAGAGUGAUAGGAGAUGUGGUUGAUGUUUUCUCUCCAACCCUAAAAUUUACAGUGACUUACAACUCAAACAAGAGAGUCUACAAUGGCCAUGAGUUGUUUCCUUCCACAAUUACUAUUAAGCCAAAAGUUGAGGUUCAUGGUGGUGACAUGAGAUCCUUUUUCACACUGGUGAUGACUGAUCCUGAUGUUCCUGGCCCUAGUGAUCCUUAUUUGAGGGAGCAUUUACACUGGAUAGUGACAGACAUUCCAGGAACAACUGAUGUGUCAUUUGGAGAAGAGAUAGUGAGCUAUGAAAUGCCACGACCAAACAUAGGAAUACAUAGGUUUGUGUUCUUAAUGUUUAAACAGAAGAGAAGACAAACAGUGGUAAUGCCACCUUCAUCGAGAGAGCGUUUCAACACGCGCCUCUUUGCUACCCAAAAUGACCUUGGUCCUCCUGUUGCUGCUCUUUUCUUCAACGCUCAAAGAGAAACUGCAUGCAGAAAACGAUAAUACAUACAUAUAUAUAUAUAUGCAUGCAUGGAUGCAUAUGCAUGGGGUUUCCUGAAUAACAAUAAAUAUUAAGCUUGCUUUUAAUUUGUAAUUUACUAUAUAUGUAAUUAAUUAGUAUUAUAUAAGUGUGUAAG